AUGGCGGCCGAGCUCGAGCAGCCCGCCGCCGAGGUGCCAGGCCCGACUGCGCACCCAUCUGGCCGGGAGAAGCACGGCCGGGUGGUGCAGGCUCUCCGGACCGUCUCGCUUGCCAUCUACUUUUUGGCCGGCGCCACUGCAAUUCACACCACCCAACUUAUCGGAGCACCCCUUUACUGGGUCAAUCGCGAAUUCUACUAUGCCUACAUGUCCCUCACCAAGCAGUCCUUUGGGCUACUCAUUGCGACCAUGACCCAAUGGUGGGGCCCGACCACGAUACGCAUCAGCGGCGAUGCUUCAGUUGCCGACCAGAUUCGCAAGACCGACGACGGGCUCGUCGAGUUUUCGUUUCCUGAGCGCAUGGUGAUGAUCGCCAACCACCAGAUUUACACGGAUUGGCUUUACCUCUGGUGGGUUGGUUACGCCAAUUCGCCCAAGAUGCACGGCUCUCUCUUCAUCAUCCUGAAGGAAUCACUCAAGUACAUCCCUAUCGUCGGGCCGGGCAUGAUGUUUUACGGCUUCAUCUUCAUGUCCCGGAAAAUGGCUGUGGACCAACCUCGUCUGGCCCACCGGCUCGGAAAGCUCAAGACAACGCACACAGCCCCCGACGGGAAGCAAUAUCUAGACCCCAUGUGGCUUCUCUUGUUCCCAGAAGGGACGAAUGCCUCGCAAAAUGGUCGUAAUAAGUCCGCCAAGUGGGCAGCCAAGAUCGGCGUCAAGGAUCCCGAGCAUGUGUUGCUUCCCAGGAGCACUGGCACUUACUUCUGCCUCAACGAGCUAAAGGGGACCGUGGACUACGUCUAUGACUGCACCGUGGCCUAUGAAGGAGUUCCCCGCGGUAAAUUCGGGGAAACUGUCUUCACUCUCGCAGGCACAUAUGUCCGGGGCCAAACCCCUAAAUCGGUCAACUUCUAUUGGCGCCGGUUCUGCCUUGCCGACAUCCCCCUCGAUGAUCAAGAGAAAUUUGAGCUCUGGCUGCGUGAGCGCUGGUACGAAAAGGACGCUCUCAUGGAGCAGUAUAUCUCGACUGGCCGCUUCCCCGAAAAUCCCGUCGACGCCGUCACCAAAGGACAACAACCCUUCCUAGAGACCGAGGUGCGAACCCGAUAUCCCUGGGAGUUCCUCCAGAUUUUUAGCGUCAUUGGCGUAUUCGGCUUGGUCGUCAACUUCAUCUGCAAAACCUGGGCGCGUUUUCUUUCCAACAUUUCUUAA